AUGAAAGCAGUUAUGUGCGGACAUGCCGAAUGUGUUGUUAUUGAGGAGUGUCUUUACCUACCUUACCUUUUUUUUCUGUCAUGUGAAGCGUACUAUCAGCAGCAGUAG